AUGGACGACGCAGAGAGAUCCCUGCAGGCGCCCGAGAGCUCCGUCGACUGGCGCGGCCGCCCGUGCCGGCAGCGCCACGGCGGCAUGCGCGCCGCCGUCUUCAUCCUAGUGUUCCAGGCGUCGCAGACGAUGGCGCUGGCGGCGGUGGGGAGCAACCUGAUCACCUUCGUCUUCGGGGAGCUGCACUUCCCGCUGUCGCAGGCCGCCAACGUGGUGACCAACUUCGUCGGCACCGUCUUCAUCCUCUCCCCGCUCGGCGGCUUCCUCUCCGACUCCUACGCCGGCUGCUUCCGGACGCUGCUACCGUUCGCCGCCGUCGAGCUCGCGGGCCUGGUAUUACUGGCGGUACAAGCACAUCUGCCACAGCUCAAGUCGGCGCCGUGCAACAUGCUGACCAUGGCCGGCAGCUGCGAGCGGGCCAGCGGGUUCAAGGCCGCCAUCUUCUUCGUGGCGCUGUACCUGGUGGCGCUCGGCACCGGCUGCGUGAUGCCCAACAUGACGACGUACGGCGGCGACCAGUUCGCCGGCGCGGUGGAGAAGGACGCCAGCAAGAGGCUCUCCACCUACUUCAACCUCUCCUACUUCGGCUACUGCGUCGCCGAGGUCGUCGCGCUCACGGCCGUGGUCUGGGCGCAGACGCGCUUCGGGAUGGCCAUCGGCUUCGGCCUCGCCGCUGCCGCCUUGGGCGCCGGGCUCGUCACCCUCGUCUCCGGCGCGGUGUUGUACCGGAACAAGCCUCCCCGGGGCAGCGUCAUCUUUACACCCAUUGCAAGGGUUUUCGUCGCUGCGUUCAGCAAGAGGAAGCAAAUCUGCCCUUCCGGCUCCUCCAAUCCUGCCCACACUGCAGCCGGAGAUCCGGCGGUCGUCGACGGCGGCGACUUCCGCCACGCCAACAAGUUCAGGUUCUUGGACAAGGCGUGCAUCAGGGACGCGGCGGACACGGUGCCGGAGAGCGAGUGGCGGCUCUGCACGGCGGCCGAGGUGCAGCAGACCAAGACACUCCUGGCCGUUCUGCCCAUCGUGGCGUGCACCGUCGUCACCAACACCGUGCUCGCGCAGCUGCAGACGUUCUCGGUGCAGCAGGGCAGCGUCAUGGACACCAGGCUGGCGCCGGGCUCCUCCUCCUUCCGCAUCCCGCCGGCGUCGCUGCAGGCCAUCCCCUACGCCAUGCUGCUGGCGCUCGUCCCGGCCUACGAGCUCCUCCUCGUGCCGCUCACGCGGAGGCUCACGGGCACGCGGUCGGGGAUCACCCCGCUCCAGCGCAUCGGCGUCGGCCUCUGCCUCGUCGCGCUGUCCAUGGCCUCCGCCGCGGCCGUCGAGCACAGGCGCCGGGACGCCGCCGUGUCGUCCGGAGGAGGACACCAGCUGUCCGUGCUCUGGCUCGUGCCGCAGUUCUUCGUCUUCGGCGUGUCGGAGCUGUUCACCAACGUGGGGCUCAUGGAGUUCUUCUACAAGCAGGCGGCGGCCGCCGGGGCGAUGCAGAUGCAGGCCUUCUUCAUGGCCUUCUUCUACUGCUCCUUCUCGUUCGGGUUCUUCCUCAGCUCCGUGCUCGUCUCGCUGGUGAACAGGAUCACGGCGAGGGGCGGCCGCCGUGGCUGGCUCGGCGACAAUGACCUUAACAAGGACAGGCUCGACCUGUUCUACUGGGUGCUCGCCGCGCUCAGCGUGCUCAACUUCUUUUGCUACCUAUUGUGUGCGAGGUGGUACAAUUCUGGUGCCGGCGGCUCUGAGUCUGAUGAAGCUGCCCCCGGCGAGGUCGCCUCUGAGGAGGAAGACGAUGGCAAGGGGCUCAUCUGA